CCGAGCAGGACCAGUUAGUUAGUAGCCGUAGCAGCCAGAAGCAUCAGCCGCAGGAAGCAGCUCAGCAGCAGCAACAGCAAAUAGCAGAAGCUAACACACCACAAAUCUCAGUGUCUCAUCGAAAAGUACACGUCGGAAGUCGUUAGAGGGUAUCAGAAUCCAUCGGCGGAUAAACCCCCGGGAUCCCAUUUUGUCUCGAUUUUGCGGUCGUUUUGUCGAGUGGUUGCAAGCCCGGUUUGGCGAAGCUCCGAAACGUCACCUUCGACUUCGAUUCAAGUUCGAUUUAGCUACCCAGUAGAAGCCGGUCUCGGAGUGCCGUUGAAGCUGCUGACCGCGUCUCAGACUCUCGGAAGUAGUUCGAACAUCAGUCUGUGUGGAAAAAAAAGUGCGGCCACUGUUCGUGUUUCGUUUACCGACACCACACACCAGCUUAGUAUACUGUAGUUUGGUAGUUGCAUCACCAGAGAAACAACAACAUUUGACACUUUCCAACAAUACAGACACCCGCCAGCUUUAGAGCAGCACACAGAUCAUCCCCCUCUGAUACAGAUUCAAAUUUUACACAUCUUUCCGAGUCAUUACGCGCCGUGGUUCAAUACCGAAGUGCAUACAAAGCCGCCGCCGUCGAGUUGAGUUCGUCGUUGAAUUCGUCACUGGCACCAGAAGCAGCCGCAGCAGAAAUAUUUCGAAAAACAGCCAAUCGGAACUGAGCUGAGAUAACCUCCAGAAAUUCCCUCCUCAACCCCCCGCGAGACCCCAAAGUGCGAAUCCCGUUUUUGGUGGUGAUCUUUUUGGACGACGCCAAACGCCGGCCGACGGAAAGCGAAGCGCUACGCAACACAACGCAGUUCAAGUGUGCGGCUAUAAUUGAAUCGACGGAAGUUCAUUCAAAAUUGAACGCUAUCACUCCCAACAGCGAAUAAUAUUCUAUAAAUAAAUAUUCAAACAAGUAUAAAUAAACCAUUAGUAGUUAAUUGAUAGUUUAUGGGUUUUGAUCGGAUUUACCGCAGCGAGUAGCCAAGUAUAAGCAAACACCACAUUUUUGGGGAAAAAUCAGAACCAUACCACUUAUUACCACGUUGAUUGUAGAGUUCAGUGUUAGAUCGUGUUCCGUGUAUAAUCGUGUUGUUCUACAAGUUAGUAUCCGUGUACAACAUCUUGGAAAACGCCACAUCGUAUCUACCGAUAAGGAAAAUUUUGUGUAAACAAACACCGCGUUCGUCGUAGUCAGUUCGAUAUCUGAGUGAUAGCCGAUAGCUAUAUUCUGCAAGUUUCCGCUGCAUCAACACAAAGUAUUGAUCGGAGAAGUGUCUGAGAAGAACCCGAUUUCCCGAAUUUCCACCGAAGAUCACCAAUCACGUGGCAUCGUGUUGUUGAGAAGCGAAGCACUAGCAGCAUCGUGUCUGUGAUCGACCAAAAGUUGAAGCAAUAGUUGUAAUAGUAAAAGAAAAUCCUUAAGUCUUCUGAAGAAGAAGCCAAGUUGAGUCAAUAAAGUCGAAAUCCAAGUGCUGUGAUCUUUGCGAGAAAGGAAGAAAAGGAAAAAAGAAGCGUAUUUGAAAUAGUCUUCGAGUGUCGUGUUCCCGAAUUGGAAGAUUUUGUGAUAACGCAAAGCGUGGUUAGCAAGUAGCCCAGAGAGCUAUCGAGAAGAAGAAAAAAUCCAGAAGCAUUUACGCACCGUUGGAACAAGCAAUCAAGCUGUGGAAGAUGGAGCACCAAAGCCAGGAUCUCGGAGCGCACCAAGCCGGCAAUCAGGCUGAAGUGCCAAACGACCCAGGGUAUGUGCAGAAUGAUGUCAAUGAACAAAAUUUAAAAAUGUUCAUCGGAGGACUCAGUUGGCAGACAAGUCCAGAAAGCCUUAGGGAUUACUUUAGCAAAUUCGGAGAAAUCACAGAAGUCAUGGUAAUGAAGGACCCCACGACGCGGAGGUCGAGCUCGUCUGCGAUGGGAUUGGCUGACUCCUCUGCUCCCCUGUACUCGAGGCCAAGAGGGUUUGGCUUCAUCACAUUCGGCGACCCCGCCAGCGUAGACAAAGUAUUAGCACAUGGUACACACGAAUUAGAUGGUAAAAAGAUCGACCCCAAAGUAGCAUUUCCUAGGAGAGCACAUCCAAAGAUGGUGACGAGAACGAAGAAGAUAUUUGUGGGUGGUUUAUCAGCACCUACCACACUGGAGGACGUGAAAAGUUACUUCGAGCAAUUUGGACCGAUUGAGGACGCUAUGCUGAUGUUCGACAAACAAACCAACCGACACAGAGGCUUUGGAUUCGUCACAUUUCAGAGCGAAGACGUAGUGGACAAAGUUUGCGAAAUCCACUUCCACGAAAUCAAUAACAAAAUGGUCGAAUGCAAAAAAGCCCAGCCCAAAGAAGUGAUGCUUCCAGCGAACCUGGCGAAAACGCGCACCGCCGGACGUGGGACAUACGAUUUUAUGUGGUCGCUGGGGACUUUACCUGAUGGUUUCCCCGCCGCCGCAUACGCUGCGUACGCAGCCGGUCGUGGCUUCUCCGGCUAUCCGAGCUUUGGACUACCGUACCCCACAGUUGAUAUCACGAACGGACAGCUGACACCAAACAAUAAUACCCCGCUGCUAACACAGGCUCUAUCAGUGAUGAACAAUUACCAGGCGGCAGCGGCCGCAGCAGCGCAAGGCUUCGGAACACCGGCGUCGCCACACACGACGACCGGGGCGCGGACCGGCUUCACCAACACCAACUCACCCGGACCGACGAUCGACAUGUACAGCUCGAGCGCGGCGGACAGCGUAGGUUACGUCCAGGCAACAAGCCCCCAGCCGUCCGGAUUCCCCACGAUCGCCGUCAGCCGUGCGCCGCUGAAUUACAGCCCGGGCCAACUGAUUCCAGCAGCGUUCACCAAUGGCUACCAUUGAAAACUAGCAAGCAAUAUAAGAUCACCAUCUUCGCUAUUAUUUUGGAACGGGGUAUGAUUUCCAUUUGUCCCAGCAACAACAAUUAGAACAACAACAACAUCAGCAAGCAGAAGUAAACCAGCAAAGCCGACGAUGAUCACAACAGCCAAAUCUUAAAAUACACGCGCUACAGUUAGUGAACAGUGUGCAACAACAACAGUCAGCCGAAACGUCACCCAAGACAUGUCAACCCGUGAAAGUAUGUUUGAGAAUCAGAAGGACGAAGUUCGAUUUGACAUGAAAUGCAUCCCCCCGUCUCCUCGUCUUGCGAACCAAGCACACGCUACAUAUGUGUGUGUGUCAAAGUGAUUACAAGCUGUGUCGUAGGAUAUGUUUUGUGAAUUCUUCUCGUUUACCAAUUCUAGAUUCUUGUUUUGUUUUGGGAUGCCAAUUUGACGGAAGGUAAUUUCUAAACGUGCAAACAAAAUCCCACCUUUGUAGUAGGCCGAGAGGAACAAAUUAGAUGAAACCAAUAUUUAAAAAAAAAAAUACUUCAGUUUGAAUGGCUUGGUGAGGGCGUGCAUAUGUUUGAAUGAGUGCAUCGCAGUAGGCUGACGUCAAUUUGAAAUAACAAAAAAAAAAAAAAAGACACAAGAAAUACGAACACACAAAACGUGCGAGUGCGUCGAACGUGGCAGUUGAAAUCUACCAAACCACAUACACAAAAUGAUAAUAAUGCUAAAGGACAGGUUAAGAAACCAAUUCAAUGAAAACAAAAAUCUACUAACACAAACACACGUACAUAUAUUUUAGGUAAGCAAACAACCCAACAAAAGAAAACACAAAAAGUGCAUCAUUGUUUAAGACGCUAUUAAGAAGCAAAGACAUGAGAUCAUUUGUUUCGAAAAAUAUUUGUUAUUCUCUUUAUAUUUACUUAAUUUUAACCUUUAACUACAAUUAUUAACUAAAAGUGUAAGCGGAUGGAUGGAAGCCGAAUACUUUAAAGAAACAAAUACCAAGUAAACAUGUUUAAGAAAACACACACACAAAACAAUGAGUGGAUGUCAAAAUUCACACACACAAACACAUACACACAUACAAUAAUUAAGCAAAACUUAUUACGUUUCCGUUUUUUGCUGCAAGCAAGCAUCUAUUAAACAAAUAUGAUAAGUUUUUACUUUUUAAAAGAAUUAAAAGGUAAUUAUGACGACGAAGAAGGUGGAGAACCAGUUGAAGGAGCUAGUGGUCUUAGGUAUAUAUAUUUAUUAAUAUGGAAAGGACAGGAACAUUAAACGAAAGGAAGCUAACUUUUGUGCGCCAUAAGCGAACCGUUUUUAGCACCUACUAUUCCUCAUUUUAAAUUAAUGUAAACAUUCAAGCCCUGUGUACUCAGACUGUUGUUGUCGCAAGGAACCAGCAGAAGCGAAACUCGUGUUUUCUUCUUUUUGACUGCGGAAAGCAAGGCUUGUAUUUCAUUUUAUUACUUGUUCCAAUUUCGAAACGUCAACAGAAGCACAUUGUUUAUUCGUGAAAAACUGAAAACAGGAAAAUUUAAACCAACCAAACAAAGGUCACACCCACAGCAUAGAAACAUUGGCAAAUGGAAAGCAACAAAUUAAAAUUGUGUACGAAAUUGAAAUGCGAAUGUCAGCGAAAGAAAGGAAAAUGCAAUAAUAAUUGUUACUAAAAGUAAUGCAGUAAGCAAAACCAAAAAAAAAGAGAAAAAUGAGGCCGAGAAAUGUGGACGAGGAAACAUUCAUCAUUAGAGCAGAAUUAAGAAAAAAAAAAUCAAGGAAAAUUGUGAACAGAUGAAUACUUUGGAUAUUUUUUACACUUGAAUGGUAAAAAGCAGCUAUCCAAACAAAAAAAGAAAAAAAAAACAAGGAAAAGAAGGAGAUAAAUUUAAUGAGAAUGUAAAUUAUUAUAAAUACAUGAAAUAUAUGAAUUAAAGAAAGCGUAAUUCAAAGGAAGAAAAAACAAAAAAAAACUUAGUUAAAUAUAAAUUAUAUUGAAAUUUAAAUUAAAUAAAUAAAAUAAUACAAAUAUUUAAAACAAAUACUAUGAUAAUAAAAUAAUUAUAAAUUAAUUUUUAUCAUUCAGACAAACUCAUGAACAAAAACCAAAUGGGAAAACUGGACAAAACAAAGCAAAAAAAAAUAACACUAAGAACGCAAAACCAAACAAGAACAAUUUAAAUGUGCAAACACGGACACAGAUUUAUGUGAGCGGAUUAUUUCAAUUUAAC